AAUUAAAAAAUAGUCAAAAAGACCAUUCUUCAAAAACCCUAAAAAUUAGGUCAUUGAUAUUAAACUUCCCUUAAAAAAAACAACAACCAGGAAGUAUCCAGAGAUUCAUUUUAAGUGUGAAUUUUAAACUCUGCACAACGCACAAAUCAGGAAUCGAGCAUAAAUCCUGGCACCAAGAACCCAUCUAUUAUUAAUUAUUAUUUAUUAUUAGUGUUGUUAUUAUUUUUAUUGCUAUUGUUUCCUGUUCCUGCAAAUGGAGUUUGCUCAAGACGUUGAGUUUCAAACGAGCUGGAAAUGGGGAGGGGAAAGCAUCCAGUUGCGGCAGCCUCUCGGCCGGGGCGCCGACCUCACCGCCCGCCCCUUCCUCCUCGCUUCCGAAAGGCAGAGCCAGGCGCCGGCCCCGGGCGAAGGAAGGGAGGGAGGGAGGAAGGAGACAGGCAAGCGCGACCCCGACGGGCAAACCCACGAGAGCCGGGAGGCGGGGACCAAAGCCUUCCCCUGCCCGUUGCUUCAGUUUCUUCCUGGAUGGGGAAGAAAAGGGGGGACGGGCCCGCCUUUUCAACCCCGCCGCGAAGGAAGGAAGGAAGGAAAGAAGGGCUGGCCCCGCCGGCCGCUCUCCCACCCCGCUUCCGCUUUUCGUCACGUGGGAGGCCCCCCAACUAAGGAAGCCGACGAGGCUCAAUCCCGAGGGGUUAGCCCCCCCCCUUUCUCCCCGGCAUCUGGAUUACGCCGAGGGAAAGGAAGCCGAGGAGGCACCGCUACGAGAGCCGGCGAGGCCCCGGGUCGCCCCGCCGAGCGAGAACGCGGCCGCCCGGCUCCCCCUCGGCGUCAGGAGCGCUCCCGGCAGCCGGCCAAGCCAGCCCGUCGGCCCGCGAGCGCGGCGCGCCAUGGCCGGGCGCUCCAGGCACCCGCCGCUCCAGCAGCCGCCCGGCGACACAAUCACUUCCGGUUUCUCUUCCCCCAACCCCCCAGCAGCAGCAGCGGCGGCGGCUCAGGAGGUCAGACCUGCCACGGAUGGUAGCAGCAGCUCCUCCACCACCACCACCACCACCAAGAAGAGAAAGCUAAAUAGUAAUAGCAACAGUAGUGAGAGAGAAGACGUGGACUCCAUCUCCUCCUGUUCGUCCCUUCUUUCGAGAAACAGCAGCUCGUCCUUGCCCGCUCUCAUUAUCACGGCCUCCACGGCCUCCUGUUCUUCCUCCUCCACCUCCUCCUCAGGGGUUGCUUCUUCCAACCAUCACCUGCAGAAGAAGCUGCGUUUCGAGGACUCCUUGGAUUUUAUCGGACUGGAUGUGAAGAUGGCGGAGGAGUCUUCCUCUUCGUCUUCCUCGUCGCCGGCUGCCUCUUCGCAGCAGCACCAGCAGCUCAAAAACAAAAGCCUCUUAAUCUCCUCAGUAGCUGUGGGACACCACGCCAAUGGCCUGACCAAAGCUGCCUCCUCCACUGUCUCCAGUUUUGCGAACAGUAAACCUGGGUCAGCCAAGAAGUUAGUGAUCAAGAACUUUAAAGAUAAACCUAAACUGCCUGAAAAUUAUACAGAUGAAACCUGGCAAAAACUGAAAGAAGCUGUAGAAGCAAUUCAGAAUAGUACUUCGAUCAAGUACAACUUAGAAGAGCUUUACCAGGCUGUUGAAAAUCUUUGCUCCUACAAAAUUUCUGCGAAUUUGUACAAGCAACUAAGGCAGAUAUGUGAAGACCACAUCAAAGCACAGAUUCAUCAAUUCAGAGAGGAUUCAUUGGACAGUGUUCUUUUUCUUAAGAAAAUAGACAAAUGUUGGCAAGACCACUGUAGACAGAUGAUAAUGAUUAGAAGUAUCUUUUUGUUCCUGGAUCGAACCUACGUUCUCCAAAAUUCAAUGCUGCCAUCCAUUUGGGAUAUGGGUCUCGAAUUGUUUAGGACUCACAUAAUUAGCGACCAGAAGGUCCAGAACAAAACCAUUGAUGGCAUCCUUCUCUUGAUCGAGAGAGAAAGAAACGGCGAGGCUAUCGACAGGAGUCUGCUUCGCAGCCUGCUAAGCAUGCUUUCAGAUUUGCAAAUUUAUCAGGAUUCUUUUGAGCAUAGAUUCUUGGAAGAAACCAACCGUCUCUACGCCGCAGAAGGACAGCGGCUUAUGCAAGAAAGAGAGGUCCCAGAAUAUCUCCAUCAUGUCAAUAAACGCUUGGAAGAAGAAGCAGACAGGAUUAUAACUUACCUGGAUCAAAGCACUCAGAAACCUCUAAUCGCCACUGUAGAAAAACAGUUGCUAGGUGAACAUUUAACAUCCAUUCUACAGAAAGGUUUAAAUCAUCUCCUGGAUGAAAAUCGAAUUCAAGAUUUGUCACUACUCUAUCAGUUGUUUAGCAGGGUCAAAAAUGGAGUGCAGGCUCUCUUGCAGCAGUGGAUUGAAUACAUAAAGGCAUUUGGUAGCACCAUUGUCAUUAAUCCCGAAAAAGACAAAACCAUGGUCCAGGAGCUGCUAGAUUUCAAGGAUAAAGUGGAUCACAUCAUCGACAUCUGUUUUUUGAAAAACGAGAAGUUUGUCAACGCCAUGAAAGAAGCUUUUGAAACGUUCAUCAACAAACGACCCAAUAAACCAGCUGAACUGAUAGCUAAAUAUGUGGAUUCAAAACUUCGGGCGGGCAACAAAGAAGCUACUGAUGAAGAGCUUGAAAAAAUGCUGGAUAAAAUAAUGAUCAUAUUUAGAUUCAUCUAUGGAAAGGAUGUUUUUGAGGCCUUUUACAAAAAAGAUCUCGCCAAGCGACUCUUGGUAGGCAAAAGUGCAUCUGUAGAUGCUGAAAAAUCCAUGCUGUCAAAACUCAAACAUGAAUGUGGUGCUGCUUUCACCAGCAAACUUGAAGGAAUGUUUAAAGACAUGGAGCUAUCUAAAGAUAUUAUGAUACAGUUUAAGCAAUAUAUGCAAAAUCAGAAUGUACCCGGUAACAUUGAACUCACCGUGAAUAUCUUGACUAUGGGCUACUGGCCUACGUACGUGCCUAUGGAGGUCCAUCUACCGUCAGAGAUGGUGAAGCUGCAGGAAAUAUUUAAGACUUUUUAUCUGGGAAAACACAGUGGCAGGAAACUUCAGUGGCAAUCAACAUUAGGACACUGUGUAUUGAAAGCUGAAUUUAAAGAGGGCAAAAAAGAGCUCCAGGUGUCUUUGUUCCAGACUUUAGUGCUACUCAUGUUUAACGAAGGCGAAGAAUUCAGCUUAGAAGAAAUAAAACAAGCAACUGGAAUAGAGGACGGAGAGCUAAGGCGGACCCUCCAGUCGUUAGCCUGUGGCAAGGCCCGAGUGCUGGCGAAAAGUCCCAAAGGCAAAGACGUGGAAGAUGGAGACAAAUUCACUUGCAACGACGACUUCAGGCAUAAGCUGUUCCGGAUAAAAAUCAAUCAGAUCCAGAUGAAGGAAACGGUAGAAGAACAAGCGAGCACUACAGAGAGAGUCUUUCAGGAUCGUCAGUACCAAAUUGAUGCCGCAAUAGUGAGAAUCAUGAAAAUGCGCAAGACGCUUACCCACAACCUGCUUGUCUCUGAAGUGUACAACCAGCUGAAAUUCCCAGUAAAGCCCGCUGACCUUAAGAAGAGAAUAGAAUCUUUAAUUGACAGAGACUACAUGGAAAGAGACAAGGAGAACCCCAAUCAGUACAACUACAUUGCAUAAACACACAAUGAGCCUUUUUUUCCUUUUCUGCACACUGAUGUUCUUGGUUACUGAUGGAUAAACAAGCCUGUUGAUCCCAUUAAAUUAACCUUUUUCUACUACCAAUGACUGAAUGAAAGCAGCCUAAUGGGAUGAUGGGCAAGGGGGAAAGAAAUAUAGUCGAGUGGUCUUUUUUCAGUGGCUUUACAUGCCUGUUUAAAGAGUAGUAUUUACAUUUUUACAAAGAAUGCUGUUGAACUCUUUGCAUGAUAUUUGGUAUGAACUGCAGAAGAUUGUAAGCAAGUAUCUGGUCUCUUUAAUUCCACCCAUUCAUUCAGGUCUAAGUCUCUUUAGCAUAUCGCUCUCCUCCCAUUUUGAAAAACCCGAAAUGUGUAGCGAUUUUAUUAAGCAAACGAAGCCCCAAGUUACAACCUUUAAAAAAAAAAAACGAGGCUUAAACUGCAUGCAAAUUUCUAAGCACUAUAUGAACAAUAUUGAGUUUGUUUAUUGGACAACAAAGCCUGUGUGGAUUGGCAGUCUUCAGAAUCAAAAGCCACUCUCAAUAUUCCUAAACAUCAUGAAUUGUUCUGUAGGUGUUAGAAAGAAAAGCACACCUCUGGAUUUUCUGAGGUUGAGAAAAAAGACCUGCCUCAAAUAUUUGCGGCGCAAAUAUUGCGGUGAAAAGCUGAAGGGAAGUAGGCUGCUACUGCUCUUACUCCCUUCGUCCUCAAACGUAAGUACUUUUAAAAAUAAAACAAUUCAUGAUAUCAGAGUUAAUUGCGGAGGGGGAAAAUUUUUAGAGGCUGGCUUAUUUCAGAGAAGGAAAUUCUUAAUUAAUGAACAUCAGGGUGUAAUGUGAUUGCUGCCUUGGAUUUUAUUACCCCCCCCCCAUGCAAAAUUAAGAGGUUUUAUACUUCUGCCAAAUUGCACAUGUUUUAUUAUUAGACAAAGAAUUGAACAAGUAUUUAGAAAACAGCACUCUCCAACCCAUCUAGCUACAGUUAGGAAGAGAGUUGUAGCCUAAACCAGUAUUUCUCAAACUUGGCAGCUUUUAAGGUAUGUGGACUUAGCUGACUGGGGGAAUUCUGGAAGUUGAAGUCCACGUCUUAAACUUGCCAAGUUUGAAAAACACCAGCCUGAGUAAUGCCUCUGCUCUCUCUUCAUUUGAGUCAUGCUGGAUUCUAGGGGGAAAGGGGGGGGGGAAUUCCUAAAGAGGCUGGAUUGAUUCUCAACAUAAUGGAACCCUUUCCUCACCUGGUAACUUCCGGUUAGCGUAGGGCUGUAAGUCCCAGAAUUCCUCAGCCAGCGGCAGGGAAAUUCCAAGAGCUGCUUACCAGCUCUUCCAGUGUCUGCGGUGAUCUUCUUCACGUAUGAACAAUUCUGAGACCAUCAGGAUGGUAUGAAAGAGCAUCCAAGCGCUGCUUUUGAAUCACGGCAGCCUCUCAGUAACCUACCUGCAUUGCUUUUUAUUACACCAAAUUGGUGGGUAGACUGGGUUUGUUUUUUCUGCCAGAAGAUCCUUGUGCAUGCAUUGCAUCCAAAAUCCUGUUUUUUAUCAGGCUGUUUAAAAACUCCUUUCUGAACAGCUAAAUCCAGUGCUAAUCAUAACUGUAGCCGUUCAGCGCUGAAUUGGCAGGUUUUCCAUAACUCGUCCAAUACUCGUUCAAACUCUCUCGUUUGAAAAUUUCUUCAGAUGUUAAGCCGCCUUCUCCCUUCCUGGCACAGACCUCCAGUGCAAUAUGAAAUAUUUAGCCAUCAAUGGUCUCCUUAAUCUGGUCAUCUAGAAAAUGAAUAUUUCCUGCGUAAGAAUGACAUUUUAAGUGCGAGCGUCUACCCUUCCUAUAGGUGAGCAAGCCAUCUUGCUGGUACAUCUGUGUCUAGGAACUCAGGGAGACCAACAUUCAUCACGGGAAUUCUUUUUUGUUUUUUUUUUCCUCUCCAAUCAUAAGAGUAAUUCUGGGUUUGUUUUUUUUCUCCCUUAAAGAGACUGUAAGGAGGAGAAAAUAUUCAUAGUAAGUCAGUUCACCAAAUCAUUUCCCCUAAGUGAUGCUGAAUAGUAGUUAUUUUUCAGCCAUAUCGGCCAGCAACUUUUCUUUCUGCUGGCAUCAUGUGCCUGCUAUAUGGAGCCAUAAAAAUAUUUAUAAUAGAUAUGUAUAUAAAAAUACUUUCACUUCCCCCCACACACACACACUGGGGGCUAAAGGAGAGACCCACAGCUUGUCUGGCCAUAAAUUUUUUAAAUCUUUUUUUCCUGUUGCAUGCAGUUUAUAGCAGCCUCCUUUGUAUGAAAUGGGAAUUUCUGCUGAUUUUAGUUUGAAGGAUUUUUAACGAAAAAAAAAACUUUAUAUCCAACAAAAUGAUUUUUUUCCCUUUUCCUUUUUUUUUCUGAUUUAAGUUUAAGCAACAUCGUUUCGAAAUUAAUGGCAAAGGUGUUGUACAAAAUUUAUUUGUUCUAUAGUAUACACAAAGGUGCCAAAGUACAUAGAGUUAAUUUAAAGGAAACAGACAAUUGUUAAUGUUAAUUUAGCUGUGGUUUUAUUUACCUUUAUUCAUCAUUCAGAUGCUCAUUUUACCUGUCUAAUGCGUGCCCUGUUUCUGUGUGUUUAAUAUGUGUUCCUGUCUCAAUUUCUCCAAAACGCAAAACAUUUGUCUUUCUAAUUUUCUUCAAAAUAAAAUGUUUUUGAGGGAAGGGUUUUGUGCAUUGGAAAAAUACCAUUUUUACUUCAUAUAUAUAUAUAUAUAUAUAUAUAUAUAUAUAUAUAUUCAAAAGAGCGUCUCCUCCACCUCCCUAAAUGUUUAAAACUAAAGAGUCCAGCAGCAUUCAAAAAUGUAAUACACUUUUUUGUAUAAACACAUUCUUUGGAAAGAAUAUCUUUGCAACGGGUGGAGGGAGGGAACAGACAGCAGCGGGAGGGGAAAAAAAUAAUAAUCCAGUUUCUUUUAAGAAGCCACUUCAGUAGGCUAUUUAAGAUUGUGCUUGUUUAUUGCAUAGAAGUGUUCUAUUUACACAGGUCUGCAAAGAGGACAUGUCCACAUUAAUUCCUUCAAUGCAAACAAAAUACCAAAUCCCAAACAAUUUUCAAACACUUCAUAAGUAAAAGUGGAUGGGUACAGAGAGUCUCUUUGGUAAAUAAUGUAAAUACAUGUCCUUUAAAAAGAGUGAGUCUGUUAUCUAGGUAUUUUGUGUCAUUUAAUAAAUAAUAAACAGUUUUGUGUUGCUAAA